GCUUUGGACGUCGACCGCACCAUCAUGUCCAUCACGGCCAGGGAGAGGUGCAUUCCUGGAGGCCAAUUUAUCUUCGAGAAGUACGGCAUUUUUCAAUAUUCCAGGUAUCAACAAGGGGAUCGAUGAGGAUCAGCGCACAGAGUAUGGGGAGCCGUUCAUCGGAAACACAGAUGCUGGCACAGUAAUCGG